AGAAAAACGACGGCGCUGUGCGGCUGUGCUGUGCGCUGUGCUGUCGAGUCUCUUCCGCCAACGAUUGUUGGUUACAACUGUACUUUUUGUGAAAAAUUAUUGAAAUACAUCUUCACGAAAAAAUGGCAAAAUUCGAUCUUACGCCUCGUAUAGGGCAAUACCUUGACCGGCAUCUCGUAUUUCCACUGUUGGAAUUUCUCUCUGCAAAAGAGAUUUACGGCGAGAAUGAGCUGCUUCAAGCCAAACUCAAUAUUCUCAGCAAAACUAACAUGAUCGAUUAUGCCAUCGAUAUCAGAAUGAUUUUGUAUCCUGAUGAAGAAGUUCCAGAGGAGCUCAAGGAUCGCCGUGCCGAAGUUGUACAAGAGCUCAGUAUUUUACAAAACAACGUUGAAGUCGUUGUUGCUCUUAUGAAUAACGAGAAAGUUAUGAAAAAAAUGGAAGAAAUGAGGGACUCUAAAGCACUCAAUAAUUAUCUUACUCAGGAAUCUGAAUUCAGAGUAGAAAUGAUGGACAAUCUUGUCAAACUUGCUAAGUACAGAUACGAGUGCGGCAAUUAUUCUGUAACAACCUCCUAUCUUUAUCUCUACAUGCUCAUCAUGCCUUCUACGGAUAAGAACUACUUGAACGUCCUUUGGGGUAAAUUAGCAUCGGAAAUUCUUGCCCAAAAUUGGGAAACAGCUUUGGAGGAUGUGAACAAGUUGCGUGAAUACAUUGACAGCAACGUGAUCGGAAAUUCAUUGCAAGUUUUACAGCAACGUACAUGGCUCAUCCAUUGGAGUCUUUUUGUAUUUUUCAAUCACGUUAAAGGCAGAGAUCUCAUAAUUGAGAUGUUCCUGUAUCGACCACACUAUUUAAAUGCCAUUCAAACAAUGUGUCCUCACAUUCUCCGUUACUUGGCUGCAGCCGUGAUCGUUAAUCGCUCGAGGCGUUCGACCCUGAAAGAUUUGGUCAAAGUUAUUCAACAGGAAUCAUACACGUAUCGGGAUCCGAUCACAGAAUUCCUGGAACAUCUUUACGUGAACUUUGAUUUCGACGGUGCUCGUCAAAAACUUCAAGAGUGUCAGACCGUCGUUUUCAAUGAUUUCUUCCUCAUUGCUCUGUUGAACGAAUUCGUCGAAAAUGCGAGGCUCAUGAUCUUCGAAACUUUCUGUCGGAUUCAUCAAUGCAUCAGCAUUGGGAUGCUUGCAGAGAAACUAAACAUGAAGGCCGACGUUGCUGAAUGUUGGAUCGUAAACCUCAUCCGUAACGCAAGAUUGGACGCGAAGAUCGACAGUAAGCUGGGACACGUUGUGAUGGGUGGACAACCCGCGUCACCGUAUCAAACCCUUGUGGAAAAGAUCGAAACACUAAGUGUAAGAAGUGAAGCAUUGGAGAAUCUUAUCGAACGCAAAUUGAAAGCAAAGAAUCAAGAUCCAGUCAGUAUAGUUUGGAACUAACAUAAACACAAAUAAAAAACUGUGAACGAGUUUCGAAAACUGAUUCAAGAUCCUGGGUACUCAACAUUGUCGACUCAAACGCAAGAUCAAUUGUAAUAUUUCCACAAUGUUAUAUACAGCCAACCAGACUUAUGUCAAUAAAUUUAAAAAAUUUUUCAGACUCA